AUGGACUUCGACCACUACGGGCAGAGCUCCCAACAGCCCAGACAACGCCGGAAAAGGGCCGGAAAGAAGCGUAUGCGCAACAAGCUUCCGAUCGCUGCUCGUAUUGCACUAGAUCCUCAGCUUCGCGGCAACGUCGGAGUGCUUUCCGAAGACUUGGCCAACGACCUGUUCGCGCAGCAGACACUCCAGGGUGUUGCGACCGGCGAUGGCAUUCUCUUUGUUGCGAUUUCCCCACAAACUCCGACAUCGUCAUCUGUGGAGGACCAAGCAUGGACCAUUCUCCCGGUCCGAGUCCAGACGUCCCAUACUCAAAUAGCGCAUUCGACUGUUCUAUUUCCCGACUCGGCCGAUUCUCUCCAGCCGUUCCUCCAAGCGCUAGGCAAGAUUGAUUCGUCGCGGAAUUCUUUGCAAACACACCGGUCCGUGGAUAUUCAGAUCUUGGAUGUUGCUCCGCUUCAUCUGGACACCAUCUUCGUCACAGUGGAGCGGGACCUUCUUCGUAAUCAUGAUGAUGUACAAAGUAAAUUUGGUGGUGGUUUCACGUCUAACGCACAUAGCGCAAACGGAGUCUGGCCUAAAGCCGGAAAAGGUGCAGACUCGAGACGUUAUUCAAAGAAGGCAGCGGCGGAUGCUGAAGUGCGAUUGACUGCAGCUGUACGUGAGGCCUUGGCUAGUCAACGCAUUGUUCAUAUGGGAGAUGUACUCCCACUUCCCCUUCCACCUCAUCCUAUUACCUACGCGCCAGCUCCGCCGGCAAGGAUCUCAUUUUGUGAACCCGUUUCACAAGGUCUUUUGAUGCCGGCGACAAAGGUAAUCCUUGUCCAGGCCCGUCCACAAGGUCAUCGCGCAGCUCAAUCGCUUCCUCCACGACAUGCACUCCUCAAACAAGUUGCAGAAGAUGAAGCCGAUGAUACUUCCAAUGAACAGUUCUACUCCGCCGCGGAAGAGAAGCCCGGCGAGAGCGGAACUGAGAUGGAAAUUACAUCUACAGCAGAAGAUUCCGAAACAGAUAUCUCCGCUGGCUCCGCCAGUGAUUCAGACGAUUCCCUUGAAGAUAUGAUCUCUCUUUCAGCCCCCGAACUUCCGCAAGCCCCAUCCGGCGUUAUGUCGUCCAUAACAUCGGCUACCCCUCGCGCGGGAGGCCGACGAGUGGAUGGCGUUCAUACUCCGGGCUCUGUUGCUUCGAACUUCACUUCGGCGACUAUGCGCCCAGGCCGAAGCGGCGGUAAAACUUUCAAAGUCGAAGGUCUAUUGCAACAAGUCCCCAACGAAGUGCUUCACCCUCGACCUCGGGAUGACGAGGACGUCGAUGCCUUCAUCUUUGUCGAUAUUAGCACCCUCGCAAAGAUCGGCUGUUUCUCGGGUGACUGGGUCAGGAUUGAAGCGACCGAGGAACCCCAGCUGAACAUGUUCGCAUCGCUCAAGUUCGGUAGCUUCAACGAUUCUCCAGAGGAUGCUGGCGACUGGCGACCGGUCAAAGUGUUCGGAUUGCCAGGCCUUCCAUCACCAAAGCCUCGAUAUGCUAUUAAUCAUUCGGGCGACCGAAGAUCAAGCUUCUCACAACGCCCACAGACGCGUUUGACACCUUCUGUAUUUGUGCCGCCCCUGUUGUUGAGCAAUAUCGACAACCCUAAGUACCUCCGAAUUUCCCCCAUGACAUUUGCGUCGGCCAAUGGCGCCUUAAAAUCUGGCCUUUUGCACCACAUGAAGAACAGUCCGGCCAAGAACCCUCCCCUGGCCAAGGAGGUAAACCUUAUGAAGGUCUCGACACCGCUGUCCAUGGACCGGGUUCUCCAGCCGGCUCUUUUCGCUGGACUCAAACAAUACUUUGAGUCUCGCCGCCGGAUACUGAAGAGUGGCGAUCUUGUCGGCAUCAGUGUCGAUGAAGGGCUUGGUAGGGCAGUGUUCUCCGGAACUGCUGGCGGGGAAAAUGCAAACCAGGAAGACGAUAUCACCACCAGAUUAGGGCAAGGUCCCGGCGCUGAUAACACUGUCGCUCGCAAGGUUGGUGUCGCUUGGUUCCGCGUCGGACAAGUGGCUCCCAUCGCCGUUGAAGAAAUGGAAGAGACUGGCGAGGAUCAAUGGGGUGGUGUCGCUGUUAUUGACCCGACAAGCACCCGCAUGGUCCAGGCCGGUAGCGACAUUUCCAGGGUCCCUGGUAUUCUGGGUAAUGGUUGGGAGUACUGGCUGGGUGUCAAGACCAUCCCUAAGGCUAUUGGCGAUACGCUAGCGCCGCAUGGAAUCUUUGCAGAGCCUCCUCAGGCAUUCAUUGCUCCUCUGCAACAAAGAAUGCGGGAUUUGAUGGCCGCAGCGACAAGCCCCCGUGCAAUUCAACUGGGAAUGAAACCUGUUGUCAUUCUCAUCAAGUCACAACAGCGACAUAUCGGUAAGGCGACUGUCGCGACUCGGGCCUGUGCGGAUAUCGGUCUCCACACUUUUCCCAUUGACGCUUAUGAUAUCCUCACCGAGGGUGGUGCUAAUGGCGGCGAUGUCAAGACCGAGGCCUACCUGAAAGCUCGUGCUGAAAGGGCGUUCCACUGCGGUUCAAACUGUACCGCUCUGCUUAUUCGGCAUAUUGAGGUAUUGACCGCUGACCGGAUGGUCACGGCUAUGACCGAUAUUGUCAACGAGGCUAGAGUUAUCAUUGCCACAACUAGCGACGUUGAAGAGAUCCCUGAAGGCAUCCGAAGCAUGUUCACCCAUGAGUUUGAAAUGGGGGCUCCUGAAGAAAAGGAGCGUGAAGGCAUUCUGCGGAAUGCGGUUACGGAACGUGGUAUCAAGCUUGCUGCCGAUGUUGAGCUAGGAACGGUGGCGCUGAAGACUGCUGCUCUGGUUGCCGGCGACCUGGUUGAUGUCGUUGAGCGUGCCGCCGCCGCUAGGACAGCUCGUCUCGAGAAGCUUGCCGAGGAAGCCAGCAAACAAGUACCAGACUCACAGGUGUUCAUCCGGGAUGUUCUGCUCGCCGGAGGCGACGGUGCUCGCGGUGUGACGAAGGCGGACUUUGAUACUGCUGUCGAGGCAGCUCGGAAGAAUUUUGCCGACUCGAUUGGUGCUCCCAAGAUCCCUAAUGUCGGCUGGGAUGAUGUCGGUGGACUGAACAAUGUCAAGGAUGCUCUGAUCGAGACUAUCCAGCUGCCGCUUGAGCGUCCGGAGCUCUUCGCAAAGGGCAUGAAGAAGCGCAGCGGUAUUCUCUUCUACGGACCCCCUGGUACCGGCAAGACCUUGCUUGCCAAGGCUAUUGCUACCGAGUUCUCUCUCAACUUCUUCUCCGUCAAGGGCCCGGAGCUGCUCAACAUGUAUAUUGGUGAAUCCGAAGCCAACGUCCGUCGUGUUUUCCAGCGUGCUCGAGAUGCUCGCCCGUGUGUUGUAUUUUUUGACGAGCUGGACUCCGUUGCGCCUAAACGUGGCAACCAGGGAGAUAGCGGUGGUGUCAUGGAUCGUAUUGUCAGUCAGCUUCUCGCCGAGCUGGACGGAAUGAACGGUGGAGAGGAGAAUAGUGGCGGGGUGUUCGUCAUCGGCGCCACUAACCGCCCGGAUCUGCUGGAUACGGCCUUGCUUCGACCUGGCCGUUUCGACAAGAUGCUGUACCUCGGUGUGUCAGAUACACAUAGGAAGCAGGCGACUAUUCUGGAGGCGCUUACCAGGAAGUUUGCGCUAAACCCAGACGUGUCUUUGGAUAGGGUGGCUGAAAAGCUCCCACUGACGUAUACUGGUGCCGAUUUGUACGCUCUUUGUGGAGAUGCCAUGCUGAAAGCCAUCACGCGAAAGUCCACAGCUGUUGAUGAGAAGAUCAGGCAGCUACCGGGUGGCCCUGUCACCACUGCGUACUUCUUUGACCACCUAGCCAUUCCGGAGGACGUUUCAGUGACGGUAAUGGAAGAGGACUUCAUGGAGGCACAGGGGGAACUGGUUCCCAGUGUUAGUGCAAAGGAAUUGGAACACUUCGAGCGAAUUCGGCAAACGUUUGAGUCUGUCGACAAGCAGAAACAAGAUCCUGCAGCCGCCGCUCCUCAAACUAUUGCAGAGGCCAUGGAGGCGUUCAGCUUGGGUGAUUCAUCCUCCCCCGAAAUCCAGACGAGCAAUGGUGAAAACGGCUUUUCAGGAAGUAUUCAUGACCGUAUCAAAGGCUUGAAGCAAUGGCCUGGUGGUAUUGUCCGAAGUGCAUCCGGCCAAUCCAACACGAGCAGCAAAGGCAAAGGCAAGAGCAUCAAGAAGGGCAAAGACUCGCGAGCUGAAGCGGAGUCUGAUGGCUCAGUUGACGGCGAUGAAGAAGAUAUGGCAGAUGGUCUGGUAGAUGACGAUGAAGAUGACUAUAUCGUGAGAACCGACCAUUUGGCAAAUCCUAUGGAAGAAGUGGAGUAG